UUGAUACUGGAUGACACUUGUUACGAAUAUCAACAAUGAGAACAAGAAACUGUUGGAUGUUCUAAAGCCGAAAAUUCUGAACAGCGUUAGGUAUAUGAGGAAAAAGCAAAGAUCUCCAGACAGAGAAAACAAAAGAAUGAAGGCUUCAAAUCAGAACCUGCCAACAGACCACAUCCAAGAAGAAACGGUUGACAAUCAUUUAAAGUCCGGGAAUCUAAUUUGCCUGAGGAAUCACCAAAAUGACCCGAUAGCGAAAGCCAAUGUUGUAGCAUUUCCUUGUACUGAUGCUGAUAUCAAAGACCAACCCGAUAUAGAUGUAAAGGAAUGGGUGUCAGUCAUGAUUGAAAGUAAGAGGAGGAAUUCCACCAUCGAUUUUCUUCCUUCAAGGAAUUCAACAAAAGAAUGGAAAGAUGAGGGGUUUACCAAAACAGUGGUCAAGGAAAAAAAGAAGCAGAGAGGUGCCAUAAGGCCUUUUCAACCCCAGCCACCUAUGCCCGAGGCAGUUCAACCUCAGCCACCUAUGCCCAAGGCAGUUCAACCUCAGCUACCUAUGACCGAGGAAGUUCAACCCUCAGAGGUCAUUGAUGAGCAACACGACGAGGAAGAACACUAUACAGAAGACACAGCAUGCUCAAAACCUCAAUUAGAUGACUGUGUAGAAGUGGCUUUUCCAAUUGUUAACUUGGAUCCGCUGACCGUAAAAGUUCUGCGGAAAACAGACAAACCUGGAUUUUUCGUAUGGCCGAGAAGAGAAGAUGUAUCUGAAGUUAUGGAGAAGGAGAUUCUGAGGGUUUUGGCACUUCCUACAUUAGAUGGGAGGGAGAAGGAACGAUUAGUUUUUAAAUGUUGUUAA